CGCCCCGCCUCUGGCCGCGCCCCGGGUUUCCCGGGCUACGCGGGACCCGCGGGUGGUGUGGGGCUCGCGCGCUUGCGUGUCCCGAGGAGCGUGCCUGAGGUCAGCCCGCGGAGGGCAGGGCCCGGGACUGGGGUCCCGGACCGCGGAGGAACGCUUCGGGCUGGGGUUAGUGAUGGGGCCGCCGACGGGCUGUGGCCCGGCCCCUGCACCGGGGUCUCCCUCACCCUCCAGCCCGCGGCGCCCCGGACGGUCCGGGCGUGUGGGGCGUCCGCGCGGUUGCACCCGUGCAGGGCCGGCCUGCAGCCCUGCGCCCGCCUCGGGGUCCUCGCGGUGCCGCUUGCGAGGGCUGAGAGCGCACGGCACGGCGGGACGCGCCCCCGAACCCGAGCCGCUGUCGCCGCGUGAGACGGGGUCGGUCCGGAUGUGUGGGGGACACGCGGGCGCAGGGCUCCCGGCAGGCUUCGGGGCGCGCGGCGGGAAGUCGGUGCGUUUCCUCGCCGAGCUGGGCGGGCCGGCGGUCUUCGCGCCGGGGCGUCUGCACGACGCAGGACGGACCCCGGAGCCACCCGGGGGUGCACGGCCCGGAGGCUUCCGAGCGCCCUCCCGGAGCCGCGCGGUCUUCCGCACUGUCCGGCCUCACCGCGGCGCCCCGGAGCGCCGCACCUGCUCCCCUGCGCAGCCACCGUCGGUCCGUCUGCCCCCAGGCCUCUGUCUGUCCCCGGGCCUCCAAUCACUUGCCCGCGGACGGGAACCAUGCGGUGUCCGUCUUCUCGCGUCUGGUUUAUGUCACGAUCUCCCAGGAGUGCUUUAUAUAUUCCGGAUAUCAAUGCCUUGUUAGGGAUGUAAUUUUUAGAUAUCUUCUGCCAUUCCAUGGGUUUUCCUCUGUUGUCGCUGUCUUGUGACACACACAGUUUUCAUUGUAUUAAAGUCCCAUCAUAACCUGUUCUUCUUUCGGUCUCCUGUCCCUUAGAUGUCAUAUCCAAAAAGUCACUGCCAAAUCCAGUGUUGUGAAGUUUGCCCGCCAUGGCUUCUUCUCAGAGUUUUACAGUCGUGGCUCUUAGAUUUAGGUCUUUGAUUCACGUACGAUUAGUUUGUAUAUAAGGCUUUAACUUCUUUUGUUUGCAUGGAGCUAUCCAGUUUUCCCAAUGCCAUGUUGGAGCAGUUAGGCCUUUACCGUAUUAAAGCAUUGCUCUUCUUUAUCAACUGUGGGUCGGGGGGCCAUGUGUACGGACAUCCUGUGACUGCCCCAAAGUUCGAGAAUCAGUGAGGCCCCAGGGGGCGCAUCAGAGAUGUAGAGGCCAACCGCAAAGCUUUCUAAGGCCAAGGUAUUUGGAAGGUCUUCACAGAUUUUUGCCACUUGAGUCCUAACAGUGUGUUAGCGCAUCUUAUUAACCCUGAGGACUGUGAGCCUGGUAUGCACAUGUAAAGCCAGUCAGACUGCACAGACGUGACUGGGGGUUCCCUGAUAACCAUCAGGCGUGAGAGGGGUUCCCUAGGUGGGGGAGAAUCUUUUCUGACAGAAUUUUAACUGCAGAAGAGAUGCCAGCCUGUCUACAAGAGAGAGCUCUGGUCCAGUGAGAAAGCAAGGGAAACACGACUAAACAUAUGGACCCCCGUGAAUGGGGAAGCUGUAUGAGGUCCAUUUGUAUGAGCUGGUUUCUCUGCAUUCAUACUUCGGGCAGCUGGGACAGGGGAGGAAGGCCCUUGCUGUGGCCUCACUCAUAUUUGCCCACUGGUUUUGGUCAUGGUGCUACCAUUUUGUCAGUAGACCGGUGGUUUAAUGCAAGUACAGUGGUUAGUGGAGGGAAUUACAGAGUUCCUGGUAGGACCAGAUUGUUAUUUGGCCUAAACCAGAGUUCUCUCUUUAUGGAUCCAAAAAUUAUUAGAUUUCCAAUAUUGUUUUUCCUUUCCUGGGACCAGUUGACAUUGACAUCUCUUGUCAGUUUUUCCAAAUUAUCACUUGGGAGGGCAUCUCUUUGGAGCACAACAGAGUUUUGGGUUGAGAGCAGUGUUUUUGGCAGAAAUAUCAGCGGGGGGUUGACUCCGGCUGCCAGGGAGCCAAGUCUGGAACACCAGGGAACCUUAAUGACAGCCAACCAGCAGAAGUGUGGUGCCUCAUAAGCUCUGGACACAGGGGCCUUUUUCCUCAAGUCCCCCCCCCCAACCAGUGUAGGGCUUGAACUCACAAUCUUGAGAUCAAAACCUGAGCUGAGAUCAGGAGUCAGACCCUUAACUGAUAGAGCCACCAGGCGCCCCCACAGGAGACAUAUUUAAUCUUACCCCAUUGGAGGUAAGGAGGCCUUGAUGCUUCCAGAAUGUUCCAAAGCCCUGAGCCACCCCCAAAGACAUGCCAGCCAUCAGUAUAAAUGUCCACAGGUCAUGAUCCCAGGGUCCUGGGAUCAAGGCCCAUAUCAGGCGC